GGAAACUUCACGAACUCAAAGGCUCUUCAGGACACAGACUGGAAACCGCUCACAUACAGAGUUCUGAAAGGGAAGGGGAAGCCAAAACGUUUGCGGCUCAUUUCAACAGCUGUUUCACUUGGCACCAGAAGCAGCAAAUCCCAGUGGGAACAACCCAGUGACAGCACCAGCGGAAUGCAGCAUUGUACCUUCUCUGUGAGUGGACUGAGACCGGUGCUGAGUUGCACCGUGGGGAAGCCAGCUGUCAUGUUGUGGACAGCACUGUGGAGAGGCCCACAUGGUAGUGAACUGAAGUCUCCUGACAGUAGCCGCGUGAGUGUGCCAUUUUGGAAGUGGGUCCUCCAGCCACAGUCAAGCCUUCAGGUGACUGCAGCCCCUGAUGACCACUUGACUGCCAGAGGUACCCAGCUGAGCCUCUCCUGGAUUCCUGACCCUCAGAAACUGGUACAGUAUGCAGAGACCUUCCUCGCCGCACUUAAGACCAGAGUUCCUAGUGUGAACCGGCUGUGCCCACCACCUGAGCUGGGCGGGCUGCCUGCGGAAGAGCUGCACGUGACACUGCUGUUCAAGAUGGCGGCGACGGGCAGCCGGCAGAUGGGCUGCACCUGCGUCGAGGUGGGGAGUUCUCGCGAGAACUCUGCCCUCCGCGCUGACGAGAACCCUAUAAAGCAGCCGUCCGUUUGGCUUCGCGGGGCAUUUCGGGAGAGCCGAGGUGCCAGAGCGAGAGCUCAUGCCGCUCGGUUCUCUGACCAAGGAACUGCUUCCAGACUGAACUCGGUCUCGUUCCGUUCACGUAAGUGAAACGGGGUAGAAGGACUCUUGACUGGGACUGACUCGGGAGGGAUGGUAACACAACUGUAAACUGCCCUGGCUACCUGUUUUUGUAAAUAAGGUUUUAUUGGAGCAGUAUUGGCGUCAAGUGCGUGUUUGAUAGAAAUGCAGAAUCUCAGGCCCCACUCCAGAACUUUAAUGCAUCAUUUGCAUUUUAACAAGAUCAUUUGAAUGUGUGUUCAUUAAAAUCUGAACUGCUCUACUGAUUUCAGGGAAGGCUAAACUGACAUGUGGCUGCUCCAGGCAGGCUAAUAAUUUGGUGCCUUUAGAUAUUGUUUAAAUAUUAUUUACUUAAUAGAGACAGAAGUUGAUUUUUUUAAUUAAAAUGGAUCUCUUCAUAGUCAACAUAGGAAAUUUAUUACAUGCACUGAAUGUAGCAUAACAUUUAAACUUAUUUGGAAUGAUUUUUUGCUUUACAUCUUUUCUGUCGUCUACAGUUGGAUAGUCCUUCACAAAUGAAGAACAUGGGAAUAUAAUUGAGCAUUCUUAU